AUGCCUCGGCUUUCAUCAACUUUCAUUGCCUCAUCUCCUUUGAAAUCCAUUCUACUUUUGGUCACCAUUACAACGAUUUGGAAAUCUGCUCUCUCGGCUUCUAGCAAAAGUCGUCGUCUUUUUAUUAAUAAUUACAAUCAUCGUAGCACAUCAAGUCUGUUUGCGCAAGCUCUGUCACCACUCACACCGAAUAAUAAUCGCAAUCAUUCCCUGAGACAACAACAGCAACAACAACAACAACAACAGCUAUUUUCAAGACACUGUUUGGCCAUGUCUACUACUACUGCUACUGCUACUGCAACUACUAAUGCGGCACCACCCGUCCCCCGCCGCGAAGAAGAUCGUGUCGUUCUGGCGGGUGUGGCUCCGAACGAUUGGGACGAAGCCUUGCCCCGUCAGUCGGAAGAAUCCACCGAAGAGCUCUUGGAUCCUAACAUGCCAGUUUCUGAUCCGUAUGGUUGGAUGCGUUCCGACAAGCGAGACAAUCAAGAAGUGUUGGACCAUUUGAAGGCGGAAAAUGAGUACACUCAAGCCUGCAUCAAACAUUUGGAGCCACUACAAAAGGAAUUGUACCAAGAAUUCUUGUCGAGCAUUCAGGAAACAGACUACACUACGCCACGACCACGGGGGGAUUAUUGGUAUUAUACUCGUACUUUUCAAGGCAAGUCGUACAAGCAAUAUUGCCGAGCACCAAAGGCAAAGGAUGCUACCUUGUCCAUCAAGUGGGAUGGAUCUGCCGAAUCUCCCAUUUUGGAGGGAGAAGAAGUCUACCUAGACCAAAACAUUCUGGGGAAGGACAAGCCAUAUUGUUCGUUGGGUGCCGCUAGCAUAUCGCCUUCUCAAACACACUUGGCCUAUGCUGUGGAUUUCACGGGAGAUGAGAUUUACCAAGUGUACAUUCGUGAUUUGAAGACGGGAGAAGAUGCUCCACUCUACAAACUCGAUGGGGAAGACAAGGAACUCUUGGCUACUAGUGGAAACGUGGUGUGGGCAGCGGACGAGAAAUCGCUCUUUUACAUGACCAUGGAUGAUCAACACCGUCCCGACAAGUUGUGGCUCCGACAAAACUGGCAAGAUGCAAAGCCCAAGGAACGUCUUUUGAAGGAAGAAAGAGACGAUAUUUACUGGUCUCAUGCCAGCAAAUCUCUCGAUGGAAAAUAUCUUUUCUUUGAAACGGCUAGUUCGGAAACCUCCGAGGCAUGGUUCCUUCCAACGGAUUCCUUGGACCAAGAAAUGCAAUGUAUCGCUCCACGACGCAACAAGGUCUUGUACGAAGUUGAACAUGGGCAUGGCAAGUGGUACGUUUGGACCAAUGUGGGUGGAACUCCCAACAUGAAGCUCAUGACGACCGAUGCCAAGGCCAAUACGGCGGACAAGUGGGAGUUGGUCUUGGACGACAAGGGUGAAGCCAUCUUUGAUGGAAGCUACGACAAGGCAUUGGACUCGGUCACUGUUCUCAAUUCUCAUGUAGUAGUGGAAGGACGUCAAGAGGGUAUUCCACGAGUUUGGAUUUAUAAUCCAUCGGCCAAGCAACUUCAACGACUCGAAUUUGAUGAGCCGGCUCACGAUGUCGGAUUGGGUGCUCAUUACGAGUUUGAAACAGACAAGAUUGCCAUUGGAUACGAUUCCUUGGUGACUCCACCCCAAACCAUGGAAAUUUCCUUGGCGGCUCCCGCAGAUGAUCGUACUGUCCUGAAAGAAAAGGAGGUCCCAGGCUACGAUAAGGAAGUCUAUGGCUGUGACCGACGCACUGUUCUCUCGAGAGAUGGAACCACUGAAGUCCCAAUUAGCAUUGUUUACCGCAAAGAUGUCAUGGAAAAAGCCAAGGCUGGAGAAAAGGUCCCCAUUCAUUUGUAUGGAUAUGGAAGUUAUGGUUCGUGUUGCGAGGCUGACUUUGAUUCCACUCGAUUGCCACUCUUGGAGAGAGGCAUGAUUUAUGUUAUUGCCCACAUUCGUGGAGGUGGUGAAAUGGGUCGACAGUGGUACGAAGAACCCAAUGGAGCCAAAUUCCUUUGCAAGAAAAAUACGUUUAACGACUUUGUGGACAUUGCUCGCUUUUUGGUGGACAAUUGGACCACUCCAGCAUUGCUCAGCUGUGAAGGUCGCAGUGCGGGUGGCAUGUUGAUUGGUUCGUCCAUCAAUCAAGCUCCGGAAUUGUUUCGAUGUGCCAUUCUCGGAGUCCCCUUUGUCGAUGUCGUUGGUACCAUGAUUGAUGCUUCUAUUCCCCUCACCUCGGCCGAGUGGGUGGAAUGGGGCAAUCCCAACGAAAAGAAAUACUUUCAGUACAUGAUGGAUUACAAUCCCAUGACGAAUGUUCAACCUGGUGUUCAGUACCCCAGUUGUUGGUUGACGGGUGGUCUCCACGACCCUCGCGUUCAAUUUUGGGAACCCACCAAGUUUGCGGCGACUCUGAGACAUGCCAAUCCAGAAGGAAAUAAUGUGGUCUGCCUCAAAAUGGACAUGAGUGCUGGGCACUUUAGUGCUAGUGACCGAUACAAGUACUUGAAGGAAUUAUCCAUUGAUUAUUCCUUCUUGUUGGAUCAAUUGGGCUUGACCAAGAAAUAA